UCCUAAACACUUUUCCUAAACAUAAAAAGCCUUAUUUCCAACACUUUCGGCAUGCCCUUGGCUAUAUAAAUACUGUUCUAAUUCUAAGUUCCUUUCAAAAACUUGAACAUACGUGAUACUUUCUCAACUCAAUCCCCUUUAUUCCCAUCGAUUCUCAAUUUCCUCACUCUCAGUUGAUUUUCUUACCCCUUUAAUUAGAUGACUAUGACCAUGUCAAGAGUGAUGUGUAGGCCAACACAACCACUGAAAAACGUUCCUUCUAAUUCUUCCAUUAGUGGCCAAAACCAGAUAAUAAGGCCAAAAGAGAAGGUAGUGUUGGUGAUGGGAGCAACCGGAAGCGGCAAAACAAGGUUGUCGAUCGACCUAGCCACAUGUUUUCCAUCAGAAAUAAUAAACUCCGACAAAAUACAAGUCUACUCAGGCUUGGACGUUGUCACAAACAAAGCAACAAAAGAAGAACAACGUGGGGUCCCACACCACUUGCUGGGGACACAGAACCCAAACACAGAGUUCACAGCCUCCGACUUCUGCCACAUGGCAUCACACGCCAUUGAAUCCAUCACUCACCGCGAGAAGGUUCCAAUAAUCGUGGGAGGCUCCAACUCAUACAUUGAAGCCUUGGUCGACAAGUUCGGGCCACGUUACGAUUGGUGUUGUCUCUGGGUUGAUGUUUCCACGUCCGUGCUUCACUCCUACGUUGCGCAGCGCGUGGAUCACAUGCUUGGUGGCGGAAUGGUGAACGAGUUGAGACCCUUUUUCAGUCCCAACGGGGAUUACUCGAAGGGGAUAAGAAAGGCAAUUGGGGUGCCGGAAUUUGAUGCCUAUUUUCGAAGGGAAGCGUUUUCGAGCAACGAGACGAGGGUGAGUUUGUUGCAGGAUGCGGUGAGGGAUGUGAAGAGGAACACGUGCCACCUAGCAUGCAAGCAGAUUGGGAGGAUUCACAGGUUGAGGAGUGUUAAGGGGUGGAAGAUUCACCGUGUUUGUGCCACUCCCGUGUUUCAGAAACGUGGCCAGGAAGCGAAUGAUGCGUGGAAGAACAUUGUGGCGCAGCCUUGUGCCUCCAUAGUUUCCCAUUUUCUCUAUAGUACUGCAAAUCAUGAUUAUCAACCUCUGGAGUUAAUUCGUUAAUUCUCCUGAGUUUAUGAGUUUAUUGGUAGACUCUUGAGUUUAUCACUUAGCCAACUAGUUAAUAAAUUAAAAAAAUUAAAUCAAAAUGUAAGUUAUUUUUUUAUUAUGUUUUGUA